GCUCAACCCUCGUUCCGAGUGCACUUAUCGCUCCGUAGAAUGUUGUUUCUAGUUUUGCUCGCUAGUGCAAUUGCGAAAGAUUACGUGGUUGGAGUAAGUUCCUCGCCAAACGUGGGAGGAAAUCUUGUCAUUUCUACUAAGGACAUCGAUUUGAAGUCAAACAUCAGAACUUAUACUGUGAAGUGUUCGUUAGACGUUGUUAGUAAUGAAAACAACACUCAAUUUCUCCAUAUUUUUGAAAAUGGAAUUCAACUUGAUGCUAAGGUAACAAACGUCUCCACAAUUAGCUACAAAGCCAACAUAAAUCAAAAUGGCACCACCUGUAGCGAAAAAAGGUACACGUGCGAAUAUUUGGGCGCCAAAAUUGACGAACAGGUCGUCACACUGGGAGAACCUCCCUCCAUGAUCGAUCCAGCUCAUUUCAAGUGUUUUUCUGAGAACUUGAACUAUCUGCACUGCCACUUUCCAGCAAAUACCGAUCACUGCCAGUUUGGGACAAGUUACUCGCUGUUGCUGAUGAAUUCGGAUACGUUUGAAUCCUGCAAGUUGGUUAAAGUGAAUGAUUCGUUUAGUUUCGACAGUCGCGACCAGAGUUGUCAGUAUCCAGUGGACGAGGAAAUGAUCGAGUUUCGACUUAGAAUAAGCAAUCAGUUUGGAAGUGUUACGCAGAGGAUUUUGGUGAAUCAUUACGAUGUUGUGAGACCAGCAGCACCUUAUUCCAUUGUUGUGGAAAAUCAACAAAAACAGAUUAUUAUGUCGUGGAAGUCAAAGAAAAAUCUUAACUAUUUUGGACGAAAGUUUGAGUACAGCUUUCUGUGCAAAAAUGAUAGCAGAGUUGAAACUAAUCACAUGAUAUUCAGGAGGACACUUGGGAAAACCUUUUGUCCGCAGCCAAAAGUUCGUUUGAGAGUUAUUCCGGAGAGCACCAACCAGGAAACAAUUUGGUCCGACUGGGGGUUCCGAGAUCGGACGCCCGGGAAGGCCCGUUUUAAUUGUUUAAGUUGCUCAAAAAAGCCGGAUGAAAAUCGCCUUGUUGGUGUAUUUAAUUACAUUGAAAACAGUGAUCAAAGCAUGACUAUUGAAGUAUUCUGGCAACGUGACUCUACUUCAAAUGAAACCAAUGUGAUGGCAGUCUCAGAAACUGGCAUAACUUACCAACCAUCGUUGAAUUCUCUUCAACCAACGUUUGGUAGAGCCGAGUUCCAUAAUAUGAAUCAUGAAGCGUUCCGCAUUACGCUUCAAAGAAGUAUUCCAGGUAAAAGUCCACACCUUGAAGGAUUCCAAGUACAACCUAUCAUGGCAUCCCACCAGCCAAGAUUUAAGAAGCUUCUGAACAAUAACAAAUCAUUUGAAGUGUCCUGGUACCCACCAGAAAACCAGAACGACCUCCAAGGCUACACCGUAAUGUACUGCCACCUCACAGCCAGCACCGUUUGCGAGGAAUCCGUCGUAUUCCAAAAACUCCCACCAACCGACACCUUCUUCAAUAUCUACUCGGAAAAGACCCUCAACUUCGCAGUCAGCGCCGAGUACCCAACCUACACCUCAAGUCUCGUCUGGCAGCAGUGCAUCGUCUCCCCCUCCACCAACACCCACAACAAGUCCCCAAAGUUCCACUUCUUCGACGUGUCGAGCAACUCCCUCAAACUUCGGCUGGAACCAUCCUGCGAGGAUCGCUCCCUCUACGAACUGCUCCAAGUGCACGUGAUCGACUCGACCAGCGGUCAUCCCGUAACCAGCCGAACGUACCCACCCCACGAGACAGUCGUCGAGAUCGUUGACCUGGCGCCGGAUACGUCCUACGAAGUGCUGCUCGUAGCGUACAACAGCUCAAACGUCCCGCACGAAGCGCGACGGCGUGUCGUUACGGCGAAAACAGGAAGCGAUGAUCGGCCGAUCGUUUACAUCGCCACCGGCGUGGUGCUUCUUAUCGCGAUGAUUAGCUCAGCUUACCGAGUAACGGUUAGGAUUCGCGCGAUCAUGGACAUCGAGGUGGAAUUUCCCUUUGGGCUGCUGAGAAUCGAUGAGGAGCCGGUGCGAGUUUGUGUUGAGAGGAAAUGUUUACCGAGUGAUGGGGUGGGCGGGAAUUACGUAGUGAAGGAGCAGAAGCAGGCUUAUUUGGAGGCAGUUCAGGAGGAAGAAAUGGGCGAUGAUUUGGGCUGUGGUCAGUGUGGUGUAACGCCUUUGAGUUUGGGUGAGUUUGCAGAGAACAGCUGGCAGCCAAAUACUGGGUACUUAUCGGUAGACGUGAUCAUGAAAAGAGGGAUUUAAUAAAACGUAAAAAAAAAGA